AUGAAAGUUGACUCCAAUACCACAAGAAAAAUCAAUGAUCAUGUAGAAACCACUAUUGAGGAACCACAUGUUGAGUCACAUGUUGAUUCACACGUUGAAGCAAAUGUUGAAACAUUUGUUCCAACAUCCGGUGAUCCACAGACUGAAACCCAUGUUGAACCCACUUUUGUUGAACCUCCCAUUAUAUCCACUGAUCAACCACAUGAUAAAGAAAAUCCUAGUGAAAAAUAUAUAAUGGUUAAGGGACAUACUAUCGAUAUACUUGUUUUGGCUACAAAUGUGAAUGACAUCUUGGAUGAAAAUGAUGAUUGA